GAGGAUUUAGAAAUAUCCGAGAAGGAUAUGACAAUGCAAAAUUUUGGAAUAUUCUACGCGGAGAUCCAACUCUUUUCCUCUCCUCUACACGAUUAUAUAAACCGCUCUCCAAUCCCUUCUCUUCGCAACAAUCUCCAAAAUCCCUUCUAUAUCCCGCCCCAUUGCUGUCUUCUUCAGCUGAGUAUAAUAUUUGCAUAGCAUGGCUCUUAAAGCUGUUCAUGUCUCUGAUGUUCCCAAUCUUGACCACGUCCCUGAGAAUGCCUCUCUUUCUCUCUACUCAACUCGUCUCUCCAAAGGAGUUGAGAUGAAUAGAGCAGCUACGUUCAAGAUGCCAAAGUUUAUGGUGGCUGGACAUAGAGGGAAUGGAAUGAAUGUAUUGCAAUCAACAGAUGGUAGGAUGAAAGAGAUUAAAGAGAACUCCAUUAUGUCUUUUAAUAGCGCUGCCAAACACCCCAUUGAUUUCAUCGAAUUUGAUGUUCAGGUGACAAAAGAUGACUGCCCAGUCAUUUUCCAUGACACCUUCAUCCUCUCUGAAGAUAAUGGCACUAUUUUUGAGAAGAGGGUGACAGAACUUUGCCUAUCUGAAUUCCUAUGCUUCGGACCCCAGAAAGAAGGAAGGGCUGGCAAAUCUUUACUCAGGAAAACUAAAGAAGGAAAAAUACUGGAAUGGAAUGUAGAGAACGAUGACUCCUUAUGCACCUUGCAAGAUGCAUUUCAACAAGUGGAGCCCUCACUUGGCUUUAACAUUGAAUUAAAAUUUGAUGACCACAUUGUCUACCAGCAAGAUUAUCUCAUUCGUGUUCUUCAAGCCAUCUUGCAGGUGGUAUUUGAUCAUGGUAAGGAUAGGCCUGUUUUUUUCUCAUCAUUCCAACCUGAUGCGGCACUGCUUGUCAGAAAAAUGCAGAGCACCUUCCCUGUUUACUUUUUGACAAAUGGGGGUACUGAGAUUUUCUAUGAUGUAAGGAGAAAUUCCUUGGAGGAGGCUAUAAAGGUGUGCUUGGAGGGUGGUUUGCAGGGGAUUGUAUCGGAGGUCAAAGGGGUUUUUAGAAAUCCUGGGGCAGUGAACAAGAUCAAGGAUGCGAACCUUUCUCUUCUAACUUACGGAAAACUGAAUAAUGUAUCAGAAGCUGUUUACAUGCAACAUUUAAUGGGUAUAGAUGGAGUGAUAGUUGAUCUGGUUCAAGAAAUUACUGAAGCGGUAUCUGAUUUGAUAAAGCCAUCUGAGAUGGGAGAAGCAGAGAGUCUAGCGGAAGGGGAUGGAGAAAUGGAAGUAAAAUCAAAGCCUCAAUUCUCACAGAUGGAGCUUUCAUUUCUUUUAAAGCUCAUCCCAGAAUUGAUACAGCUUUAGUUGCCCCUCUUAUCCCUAGUUUCACUACCAGUUUAGCAGUUUUGGCCCUUCCUUUUUUAUUUUAUUUUUAAUGCUCGUAGAUGACCUGAUCUCUUCUACCACUCUUUCAAUGAACUCCUCCCCCCACAAGGGGAAAAAAGAAUCCAGCUCUUCACCGUGCAUUAGUGAGCUGCUAUAAUUUUAUUUUUAUGAGAUUUGACCCCUUUUUUGUUAUUGAUU